GUCCGUAAAUUGUUUACUAACUGCUGUUAAAACGUUUUGGUGAUUUUACUGAUCAAAGGAAUACAUGAAUCACCUUUUAAAUGUUAACUAGGUGAAUCUGUUAGACGAUUAAUGUGUGCUUUUCUGUACAAAAUACCAAGUGAGAUUACGGAUUUAUCAUAAAUUAUUGCGUUAUCAGUAACCUAAAUUUAGAGAUAUAAACAAGGAUUUGAACAUUUGUAUCUACGUUUUCUGACAAAAUGUGUGAAAACCAUAGGAAACAGUUAUAUUGCUUGUACUGUAGAACAUGCAAACGUCUUGUAUGUCCAGAGUGUAUUGUAGUCACACAUUCAAUGCAUACGUUUGACAAUCUGGAGAACACUCUUAGAGAAAAUUUAGGUUUGUUAUCAUGUGUUGCAUCGGAUAUUAAAAAUAACAUCAUGUUUGCCUACAUAGAGCAUGAAAAUGCAUUGGACAGGAAUAUAAUGGAAGUGCAAAAGGAAUAUGAGGUUUUAAUGAAACGAAUUUCUAGACAGGGAGAAAAACUCAAAACUUUCAUCGAAGAAGAAACAAAUAAGUUGCGAACUAAUUUAACGAAUGAAAGAAACCGUGUGGUAGAUUUGAUUACAAAAGAAAGAGUUUAUUAUUAUGAGAAACGAAAUAAACUAAAAUUAUUUAAAGACAGAAUAGAAAAUAAAAUUUUAAUUGAAAAUAAUCUGAAUGAUGUUAUUGAAACUGUGAAUGAAUUUGAGUCAAUUAACAAAUAUCACCCAAAGUACGUAGUGCAUAAGGAAAUGAUGAUAGAUUAUAAGGAAGGGAAUAUUACAACACAAAGUAUAAACAAUUUAGUCGGCUUUACUUCGUCAAAGAAACCUGAUGUGCGCUUCAGUCUUCUGCAGUCUCAUUCUACUGAUUUGUCAUCUAUUAUUACAAUUGUGACUGUAACCCCAAAUAUAGCAUGGUUUGUUGAUAACAUUUCGAAUACACAAUCUAAGAUAUUACAAAAAAUAGAGAUUGGACAAGACAUUACAAAAAUAGAUGAACACGAUGUCGUUUUAUCUGAUAUAGACGUUUCUCCGUCGGGGGAAUUAUUUGCUGCAUUUACAAUGGAAGGUUGCAUUAAACGAUUUACAUCUUCAGGCAAGUUCGAAAUGUUUUAUAGUUGUUCACCGCUUAUACUGAGAGGACUGCAUAUCACAAAGUCGGGAAAUGUGCUGAUAGGCGUUCGAGAAAGUGGAACAGCAUUUCCUAUAACAGAUCACAGUUCGCGACAAGUUUUAAUUGUUAAUAAUGAGAAGAAACUUACGAAAACUCUUGAGUUUGAUCCAUUUGGAAAUCGUCUUUUUUCUGUUCCUCUUCAAAUAACUACGAACAAUAAUGGCGAUAUAUGUGUAGUAGACUCUGUUAGUAUGACAGAAGGAAGAGUUAUUGCAGUUCGUGAAUUAGCAGAGAUGAUAAAAUGGGAAUAUUUAGGCCAUAAAAGUGUAAAUUCUAGAAAGUUUCCUUUUAAUCCGGAUGGCAUCAUUUGUACGAGAACUGGAAAUAUAAUAGUUUGUGAAAAGAAAACAAACACUCUUCAUAUUCUGUCAGAGUUUGGUGCAUUUAUACAUUGCCAAAAUCUUGAAACUUCACUUGGAAUUCGUUGGCCUUGCAGUUUGACUAUAGAUAGUACAGAACUGUUAUGGAUAGGAUGCUCGACUGCUGCCACAGAACCCAAAAAUGCAAAAUUUCAUAUCUUAAAAUUUAGAGGCAUUUGAAAUCGCAUGCUUGCAACUAUAUACUAAGUUAAACCCUUUUUGUAUUAUCAAGAUUUAUAUAACUGUCCAGACGUUAAAGUUCAGAAACACACAUGCGAUCAAUAUAUUUGUAUAUCGGUUAUCUACAGUGUUGACAAACCAACAAAAAAUAUCAAGCACUUAAUAUUGAAAAAACUUCAACAGAUUAGGUGCGUAUAAAAAGAUAUAUUGUGUCAAACAAAAUAAAUUGACAAGAAUGAAACAAAGUUUUAAGUGCACAUAGAGGAGUGAAAUUCCGGCUGGAAUAAAUUUAUUUUACAAUAUAUAUAGAUGAUAAAUUGUUUAACCCUCAGUUUUUGUUUUAAAAUACCAUAAUUUGUACCUGCUUUUGGAUUUGUUAAUGCAGUAAUUUUUUUUUAUAUUUUUUCUAAGAUACAUAUUGAUUAAAUUUUUUAAUA